AUGAAGCUGUCGUCGGUGCUCACCGCUGCGGCAUCUACCCUGGCCGUUGCCACGAUCGGCUAUGCUGUAUACUUUGACUAUAAACGCAGGAAUGAUCCUGAUUUCCGCAAGAAGCUGCGCAAGCAAUCCAAACAGUCCGUAAAAGUGGCCAAGAAGGAACUCAAAGCCGCGGCGCAGCAGGAAUCGAUGAUGAUUGAGAAGGCUGUGCGUGAUGCUGCGGAACCUGGCGUAUUGCCUGCAGGUGUCCAGGAGAAGGAGGCCUUCUUCAUGGAGCAGGUUGCCACCGGAGAGGCGCUCUUUGCUCAGGGUGCUGCGUACCAUGUGCCUGCCGCCAUUGCCUUCUUCAAGGCCCUCAAGGUGUACCCUGCACCGGUGGAGCUGGUGAUGAUUUACCAAAAGGCUGUGCCCAAGGAGGUGUUUGAUCUUAUUAUGAAGCUCGUUACGCGGGAUGCCGCUGUGAAUGGUGCGGGAGGUGCCUCUGCCAAGUCGGCUGACCUCGAUCAGGUGGACGAUGCCGUGGGUGCGAAGGAGUCGUCUGAGCCGAAGGAUUCGUCGGACGCCAAGUCAGAAACGACGAGCUCAAAAGCCACCGAGCUGCCGAACGAUGCUGGUAAGAAGGAAGAGACCGAGAAGGACGAUAAGACGCCUCAGGCAGGUGCUGAGACCGCCUAA